AAGAGGCGUUUCUCUCCGCGUCAAAUGUCACUUUUAAAGUCAGCGCGUCUUUUGCCGCUGUGGACACAUUUCAGAGGACAAACUGCUGCUGAACCUCCGAUCCGGAUUUGCUCACAUGAUGUCGGAUUCCAUUAAAAACGUGGCGAUCUUCGGAGCUACAGGGAUGACGGGCCUGGCGACGCUCCCGCAGGCUGUGGCUGCAGGAUACAAUGUGACCGUUUUGGUGCGCGACCCUGCCAAGCUGCCCGCCGACCACAAGGCGUGCAGAGUGGUGGUGGGUGACGUGACAAAUAAGGAAGACGUGAAGAAGACCAUGGAGGGCCAAGACGCCGCUAUCAUCAUUCUGGGCACCAGGAACGACCUCAGUCCAACCACCAUGAUGUCAGAAGGCACCAAGAACAUCAUUGAAGCCAUGAAGGCCCGAGGGAUCCGCAAAGUGAUCGGCUGCAUGUCGGCCUUCCUUCUUUGGGAUCGCUCCAAGGUGCCGCCCCGCCUGGUUCCUGUCACAGAGGAUCACGACAGGAUGUACGACGCGCUGAAAACAUCAGGCUUGGAUUAUGUGGCUGUUAUGCCCCCUCACAUCGGAGGUGAUCUGCCCCUGACGGAGAGUUACAAGGCGACAGAGAACAUGCUGAAAGGAAGAGCCAUCUCCAAGCACGACCUGGGACAUUUCUUUGUCAAGUGUCUGUCCACCUCGGAGUGGGACGGCAAGACGGUGGGAGUGUGGGGGGAGUACAAGUAACCAGCACUUCCAGUGACUCAGCAAGAAAUCAUGGUUGAACCUCAACACAUUUUUAGGAUUUUAAUCAAUAAAGUUCUUUUUUAAAUAGACCCGACUGUGUUUAUGAAGCGUAAAGA